CCUGGUCCGGAUCAGAGAUAGCGGACCUUAUAGAGCAGGCGGCUUUACAAACUUGUACUGCAGAGGGUUCCUGGAACUGUUAGGGAGCCGAAAUCACGGCUCUCGUUGCUGUGUGUUAACUCGGGAGGGGGGGGUGGGAGGUAUAUUUUGUUUUUGUUUUUGCUGAGAGAUGUUUGCCCCUUGCUUUGCACCUGAAGCCGCUCCAGUGCCGGGCAAGGCUGCGUGCGGACCGGGCGCGCUGCAGAGCUGAUCCCGGUCCACCCCACCCCGCGGAAGGGAGGGAGCGCUAGACGGGCCGAAUGGACUUCGCUCAAGUUUGCCUGCUGUUGGCCGCCCUGCUGGCGCACGGCGCAAUUCCCCGGGUGUUAUGUGUGAAUCUUGCCUGUGAGAUUAUGCUGAAGGUCACACAGCUACAGGAGGAGUGCGUCAUGAAACUGAGCGCAGAGAACCCGAGUUCAGAGACAGGAUGUCAAGGAAUGUGGGACAACCUCACAUGCUGGCCGUCUGCUCAGGUCGGGGAAGUUGUGGUGAUGCCUUGUCCAUUCCUGCCUGCACUUUUCCUGGACAUCAAAGCCAAUGUCAGCAGGAACUGCACGACGCAAGGUUGGGCCAAUCUCUCACUCCCCUAUUUCCUGGCCUGUAGAUACAACAACAACAACACCACUCCAACCGUGCAGAAGAGGGAUUUCUAUCAAGCAGUGAAGACUGGUUACACCAUCGGGCACAGUUUGUCCCUCUGUGCCCUGACAACUGCGAUAAUUAUCCUUUGCAUUUUCAGGAAGUUGCACUGUACACGGAAUUACAUCCACAUGAAUUUAUUUAUGUCCUUCAUCCUGAGAGCCAUCGCUGUCUUUAUCAAAGACCUUGUCUUGUUCGAAGUUGAGGAAACCGAUCGUUGCUUUACGGCCUUGGAUGGUUGUAAAGCAGCAGUGGUGUUCUUUCAAUACUGCAUCAUGGCGAAUUUCUUCUGGCUCCUGGUGGAAGGUCUCUACUUGCACACGUUACUGAUUAUUUCGUUCUUCUCAGAGAGAAAGUACUUCUGGUGGUAUACUCUAAUCGGCUGGGGGACUCCGAUGCUUUUUAUUGUCACCUGGACCAUUACCCGAGUACAUUAUGAUGAUGACGGAUGUUGGCUGAAUAUUGACUCUCCAUACUGGUGGAUCAUUCGUGCUCCCAUUCUGGUCUCCAUCUUGGUAAACUUUAUUUUCUUCAUCUGUAUCAUUCGAAUCCUGGUUCAAAAACUCCACUCACCAGAUGUUGGGCUCCAUGAUACCAGUCAAUACCUGAGGCUUGCAAAGUCAACUCUUCUGCUAAUUCCUCUUUUUGGAGUCAAUUACAUUGUGUUUGCAUUCUUCCCUGACAACUUUGAAGUGGAAAUAAAACUGGUUUUUGACCUCAUUCUCGGCUCUUUUCAGGGUUUCAUUGUAGCUGUGCUGUACUGCUUCCUUAAUGGAGAGGUCCAGUCGGAGCUGAAGAGGAAAUGGAGGCGAUGGCAUAUUGACAGGUAUGUAGGAGGGGACCUGAAGUACCACCAUCCGUCCAUGGGCAGCAAUGGCACCAACUGCACCACCCAGAUCUCGAUGCUCACCAAGUGCAGUCCCAAGACCAGAUCAUCGAGCUUUCAAGCCGAGUCUUCCAUUGCAUAGCAUGACGCAUCUCCCCUUCCA